AGACCAAGAACUUAAUUCGAGUGAUGGAAAAUGUGGAUGUCGACUAUGAAAAAUUUUGGAGCCUUUGUUAAUUUUUUUUCAGUUAUGGUAGUACAUGGAAAUAACUUACAUGUUACAUGUAUUUUGAUGUGCAUUUUACAAUCGAUGGUAUAUCCAGAAGAGUUUAAGGGCCAAGACAGUCCUCGUAUUAUUGUGCAAUACCGCAAGGAACUUCGAAUCCCAAAAGUUCCAGAGUUCCUAUCAAGCCGAACACACACAUUUUUGUGCAGAGGACGUGACAAUGCAGGGCGUGAUCAGUUGUGGUGUGGUGGAGAUUUUAUACUUCCAGAGUGCGUCUGCACCUACCACCAUGUAGCUAAUGAAGAAUAUCACGACUAUACAGCCUGUAGGAGUGAUGACCAAAUGGACAGCAUCAAGCACAUGAAUUGUGAGCAGUGUAAAGACUUUAGUGUGGAUUACAGUGGUCCGUGUUUAAAUGGAGGGACAAUUAAUUGUGGCACUGACAUUUUAGCGGCUGACGUCACCUGUUCAUGUCUUCCUGGUUUUUCUGGGAGGUUUUGUGAAUACCAAAAUAUCACA